AUGAUCCGGAAGGAGAACGAACGGCAAACAGCGGGCGGUAGAAGGCCUUUGCUUGUGACGUUUGUCGGGAAUAACCGACAGAUGUUGAAUGAAAUCCGCGACAGCUUAAGCCAUCUUCGUAAAAAUGACCUGGAGGGCUACAGCGACUUUUCCAACGUGCAGCUCAAGCCGGAGUUUUGUCAGAUUGGUUCCGGCCUGGGUGGUGGCAACAAGGUGACCCGACGAGAUAAUCAACACCACAAAGCCUUGGCGGAGAUUCGCGACAGUCUGCGGCCAUACCAGAACUCAAUCAACGGGUCCAGCAGUGGGGCUAGUGGAGGCAGCAGUGGUGGGGGCAGCAGCGACAACAGCAGUACUACCAGCUGUGCCAGCUCUCCGGCCGCCAGCGAUGCAGAGAGCAGCAUGAACAAAGUGCAGAACAUCAUGCAGUACGGAUUUGAUGAGGAUAUUGCGGUUAGAGCCUUGCAGCUCAGCGGCAACCACAGCGUCAAUGCUGCUCUACGUCUGCUGCUUUUCAUCAUGGAGGAGAAAUUAGGCGGGGGCAUUAAGUGUGCCGGUUAUCCUGGGUAUUCGCACAAUCAGCGACCCAGUUUUGGAAGCAGCAGUCUGGCUGCCUCUGAAACCAACAGUGUGCGGUCAGACAGCCCUAGUGUGAACUCCUCCCCCUCCCAGCAGCAGCAGCAGCGUCCAGUAUUAGUCAACGGAUUGCAGACUCCGCCCCCUAUACCACCACGAGUACCAAUCACCUCGCAGUUUAACUACACUUCACAGAGUCAGACUCCUCCUGCGUCCAUUGAUGUUUCAGGCAUUUCUGCAGUACCAAACGGUAUUGGUCAUCAGGUUGCCCCAGGCCAGAGCCCAGUUUUGCAGACAAUAAGUCAGGGCAAAGGUCAUGCAGUUGGAAUGACACAAGCAGGUCUGUUGGUCCCCGGUCAGAACCAUGUGAUACCUCAGGGUCAUGUGCAACAGUUGAUCCAACGAAUGUCACCCGGACAGCCCUACUACCAUUUGCAGCAGAAGCAGCAGCAUCAGCAGCAAGUAACAGCACAUGUUAACGGAGGGGUUCGGGCAGUAGUCAACCAAAGAGGUGUUAGUCCCUCUCCUACUUUAGGCACCCAGCAGUCAGUUUUGAACCCAGGUAGCAAUGGAAGUGUAAAUGUUCCCAAUCACCAGCUGUCCCAACAGCUACAGAACCUCAUGCUUGGAACUCAGGUGAAUCACUCUCAAACUGGCCCAGCACCGGCAACUUCAAAUGGUGGCUCAACCAUGCUGCAAAACCACACACAAGCUCCACCUCCGCCUUACAGCCAAGCUCGACUUCAGGUCACUACAGCAAUAGGAUUAAAUGGAACCACAGGAGGUCCACCUGCUCACAGAGACCACUUUCAGGAUGUUCAUGGUGUCCCUUCAGGUCUGGAAGUCCAGAUUAUAUCAGUCCCAGCAGAAACCACACAGGUGAUACAGUCAGUCGCAUCCACAGCAGUUUCAGCAACUCGCAUGGCUAUGGGAUUUAACCACAUGCCAAUCAUUAUGCCUUCAGUUCACAGUAAAGAAGUUACCAAACCUGUGCCUCAGACAGCCACGGCCCCUGUGGGGCUUCUUCCCCAAACUCUCAACCUCGGUGCAGGAACAUCGCCUGCUCAGCUGGCACAGGUCCAGGCACACAGUAACACUUUAUCUCCAAUGCCAAAUCAACAACUGAAGCAUCAGCACCCUGCUGUAGGCACAGGACAUUUAACAAGAAGAGAUGUGCCCAUCCCAAUCAUUCAUUCUCCUCAUAAUGGGUCACAGAUAAUCCGCAACGGGGGAAGCUACACAUUAGAGCAACUGGCGGCAGUUACAGCAGGUCAGCCAACCAUUCAGACUUUUCACAAUCAAUGGCAGAGCCAUUUCUCACCGAACCACACCCAGGCAUUCAGGCUGCAGAAUGGCACCUUGUACCAGCAGUUUCCUGGAGACUCAAACCUAUCUACAUCUCGCUCUGACUCGCCAGUAUCUCGAGCCACAAAUCAGUCUCCAAUGUCUGUGAUGUCAACUACCUCCUCGCCGUCAACAAACUCAGAUAUGCCAGACAAACCACCACCUCCUUACCCAGGCAGGGGCAUCGUCAACUUGGGGAUGCCUCCUCAUUUAAACCCACCCGUACUUCCACCACGAGUUCCACUUAAGGACAAACCUCCUCCUCCACCUCCACCACAUGUUGGCCAUCAAGAUAAUUCAUCACAGCCUGGUACACAAACCCACUUUUUGCAUCUCCCACCGUCAUACUUCUCCGCAAAUCUCCACCACGCUCAAAGCUGCUGCUCUUCAUCUCCACCAUCAUCUCCAGGCACAUCUCUUGUGGGAAGCAGUUCUUCUUUACCUCUAUCUUUACCCAUUUCAGAAAAUAGCUCUCUAUCCUUGAACUCAAAUACUAACAGUCCAGGACAGCCAAAUGUAGAUAAUCUGACUGCUCCAACAGAAGGCUGUCCACAUCUGCUGCUCCCCCAGAUGAACAGAAAUGCAGCACCGUCAGAAACAGAUGAGACUGAUACUGAUACAAGUAGCAUUAGUCAAAGUCGGAGCUCUCCGUCUACCAAGUGCUCAAACUGCAAUGGACAGGAAAAACACAGGUGUAUGUCUCCACUACCAGAACGCAGAUCUGACGCUCACGAGAGAGACAGACUCCGCUGUGACACUAAAGUGAAAAUGUACUCACCUCAAGCUUUCAAGUUCUACAUGGAGCAACACGUGGAGAAUGUGCUCAAGUCCCAUGCUCAGAGAAUGAACAGAAGGCUGCAGCUUGAAAAAGAAAUGGCAAAAGUGAACUUAUCAGAAGAAGCUGCUCGGCAAAUGAGAAAAAUGCUACAUCAGAAAGAGUCCAACUAUAUUCGUUUAAAACGUGCCAAAAUGGACGCAAGCAUGUUUGAAAAGAUCAAAACGCUUGGAGUGGGAGCAUUUGGGGAAGUGGCUUUAGUUCGCAAAAAGGAUGUGGGCUCACUGUAUGCCAUGAAGACUUUGAAGAAAUCUAACGUGAUCCAGCGGAACCAGGUGGCACAUGUGAAAGCCGAGCGGGACAUCUUGGCAGAGGCUGACAAUGAGUGGGUGGUAAAGUUGUAUUAUUCGUUCCAGGACAGCGAUAGCCUGUACUUUGUGAUGGAUUAUGUCCCCGGAGGUGACCUCAUGGGCUUGUUGAUCCGUAAGGAGAUUCUGGAGGAGCACCUGGCCCAGUUUUAUAUUGCCGAGCUGGUUCUGGCCAUUGAGAGUGUUCACCGCAUGGGUUUCAUCCAUCGAGACAUCAAACCAGACAACAUCCUCAUUGACAAGGAUGGACACAUCAAGCUCACAGACUUUGGCCUCUGUACAGGCUUCAGGUGGACACACAACUCCAAGUAUUACCAGAAAGAUGGUCAUGUCUGCCAGGACUCAAUGGACGUCAGCUGUGAGCUGGAUGACCCCUCUCAUGGAGAGAUCCUCAAGCCGCUGGAGAAAAGGCGUCAGCGGGAACAGAAACGCUGCCUAGCACAUUCCUUGGUGGGCACACCCAAUUACAUCGCUCCGGAGGUGCUGCUGCGUUUAGGAUACACAAAAGCCUGUGAUUGGUGGAGUGUUGGUGUCAUUCUGUACGAAAUGGUGAUUGGUCAGCCUCCCUUUUAUGCCCCCUCCCCUGCAGAAACACAGUAUAAGGUGAUCAACUGGAAGGAGACGCUGAUGGUUCCCCACUGCACCAACAUUUCUCCUGUCACCAUAGACCUCAUUGCUCAGCUGCUGCAAGGCCCUGAAACAAGACUCGGUCGGAAUGGUGCCACAGAGGUUAAAGAACACAAGUUCUUCUCAGGGGUCAACUUUGAAGGACUUCGUAAAUUACCGGCACCUCUGAAGCCCACAAUCAAAUUCCUCACGGAUACAUCCAAUUUUGAUCCGGUUGAUCCAGAUAAGCUACAAUCGAAUGACUCAGAUGGAUCCAAGAAGGCUAACUCUAAGUCAGAAAAUGGAAAGCACCCAGAGCACGCAUUUUUCGAAUUCACCUUCCGUCGUUUUUUCGACGAUGGUGGACACCCUUGCUCUGUGCCUUCACAACAAGAACAAGAAACCAAUGCUCCGGUGUACGUGUAG